AUUGCGCUUAAAUUUAAGUCUGUGCAGUGGUGAAAGGCACAGUUCGCUUUGGAUUUACACCUAGCCAGUGCCUUCCAGAGCACAUGCUUUGUUUGGAUCUUACCGUAUUAAGCUGGUAUUUUCACAUCGAUGUUUUGCUGAUUUGAACCUUUCUUGCAACUGUAGGACGGAAUCGUGCCACAUUGGAGCUUUCCGAUGCGCAUCAAGGGACAUUACAAUUAGCCAUACGCGAGGUUCAGCCUUUUCCUGAAUGCUUGUCCUUGCAUGACAUGAGCGAAAUAUAAACAGCUGGUGUGUGUGUGUGUGUGUGUGUGUGUGUGUGUGUGUGUGUGUGUGUGUAUGUAUGUGUGUAUGUAUGUUUAGAAAACUGUUUAAUCAACCUAUACGCUUGCAACUGGUGUGUGGAGAGCAACUGGCCAUACGGCGUCCACUUCACAGCGCGCACAAAUCCCUGUUAUGUGGAUCUGUCACACUUUGUCAAGCUCUUGUAUGGCUAAAGCCGGAGACUAUCUACCGACCGGACACAGUUUAAGGAGUUAAAAGUUUUUUUUUAAUUGUUUGUGUCUUGAACGACUCUUUUCAUCUCGCUAUCAAUGAUGACAGAGAACAAUGAGAUGGAGAGCGAGUCGCAGCUCCAGCGCUCUCCAAGCACCAUGUCCAUCCAACCGAUGACAUCUAAGCUCCAGAGACUAAAACGCUCGCUGUCGUUUAAGACCAUCAUGCGCAGCAAAAGUGUGGAGAACUUCUUCCAAAGGUCCUACAGUGAUGCUCGCCUGCCCCCGGAUUUCAUCACUGACCCACCGCCUCCUUCUCCCCCACUGUUGCCUGGUUCUCCUCUCGUGGGCGACCGCUCACCGUCCAUUUCACCAUCUCUCAGCCCCAACCCCUCCAUCUCCUCCCACUCCCCCUCUCUCAGCCUUUCCCCAUCGCUGCCCACCAAGCCAUCCCGGCCUCAGAUUACCCACUGUUUCCAGGACCAUGUCUUUCGCAAGCCCACCAACUGCCAGCACUGCAAGCACAUGAUAGUGGGAAACUCCAAACAGGCUCUACGGUGUAAAACGUGCAAGAUGGCUGCUCACCUGUGGUGCACCUCAGAACUGUCGCAGCAGCUGUGUCAUGGGAAGUCUGGAGCAUUCAAACGAAACUUCAGCUCACCGAUGCUCGUCAAUGACCAAUUGUCUGUCGUCAAGGAAGUUCAGCCAAGCCAAGAACUGUCUCCAUCUCACCUGACAACGAGGAGCAUGAAGUGGAAAAAUAUAAAGAGGAAGAACAAAUUCAGCUUCUCUUGGAGGCUGACGGACGGUCUGCACCCUGAAAAGGCUGCGCGGAUGCGUGUAGACCCCGUGUAUGCUGCCUUGCGUUACGGGACGUCCUUGGCACAGAUGAGCCGCUCCAGUUUUGGCAGUUUGUCAGAGUCACCAACACGCAGCCUGGGUGAGGGAGGUGAGGAGAGUCAGCAGAGACAGUACAGCAUGGAGGAAGAGAUAACUCAGGAGACAGGGGACACCCCUGUCCCUGACACCGAGAUCGAGAAGGAGGAAGACGAGAGCAGCGGCCAAGCUCAGACUCCUGCAGAGGAGAGUAGUGUGAAGGUGCCCAAGCGCAUUGAAGUUCACUCCAUCCACACCUAUGUAGCGCUCUACAAGUUUCUCCCUCAGGAACAAAAUGACCUGGAACUACAUCCCGGUGAUCGGGUGCAGGUCACCGAUGAUUCUAAUGAAGAAUGGUGGAAGGGCAAGAGCGGCGACAGAGUCGGCUUCUUCCCUGCCAACUUUGUGCAGAGGGUCCGGCCAGGAGAGAGAGUGUGGCGGGUUGUCCAAGGCCUUCCAGGCAACCGAGAGAGAGGACAUAUGGCCGUGAGGGAAUCCCAGAUCUGUGUGGGAAAGCUAGAAGAUGGUGAGGUGUUCCUGAAGCUGAGCAGUGGAAAGAAGAGAGGUCUAGUCCCAGCUGACUCCAUAGAGGAGAUCUGAGCCCUUGUGUGCACAUCACCAUCCUUCUACUUCCACUUCCCCUUGGGACGCACCCAUCUUCAAACUAUCACCACCACCCCUCCCCCACCCUCCCCUCGGCACAAAGAUAGCCGCAACCUCUCCAACCAGUCCUGACUGACUUUAACCAAACACAGAUAAACUGGACGAAAAACAAACAUGAAAAACUUCUGCAAAGAGCUGGGACCACAGAUGACCAGUUCAAUUGGUUUACUGUCUUCAAUAGAGUCUUUAAUAGAGUGUACAGUUAUGCAGUAAUCCUUCUCUUAGAAAAGAACUGUUUCUCAGCAGUCUAGCGUUGCUGUAGGUUUAUCUUUCCGAUACAAAAAUCAAUGUUUAGUUAGACAAAGGGUGCGCAAGUCAAAAAUGCUUUAAAUAUGCUUGCUGGAUGCCAGUUCACAUUUUUUUUUCCUCAUCAAAAUGACGUCUACCAACGUGGGAGGAGGCUGAGUUCUGUAAUGGGAACAUGAUGCUCAGCGUCCUUUUCUUGUUUCUACCCACUCCGUAUGUCUCAUCCCUAUCUGCUCAUGUCAGGGUCUCUGGCCUGGGGACUGAUACCAGCUUCAUGUAGACUGGUACACGGCAUGAGGCACUCGCCAAGGACAGCCACUGCCAGCCAGAGAAAGCUACUGCCACUCAGACAGACCGGAGAAUCAGAUGAAAGGAGUGUACACAAUCCAAAAAUCCCCAGCAGUGUCAGGCUGAGUUAUAACUGCACUUGCUAACUUGGGAGAGCAGCAAUGAGAAGAUUUUCAAAGGACAAUUGGAAGCUCUGAGGAUCUCUCACAGGAAACUCGAAAACUUUUUCUCCUGUCUUUUUCAGUGUAUAAUAACAAUGGAAAUAUGGGUCAGCAUCUUUUAAUUUCUGGCAAAAAAGCAUAAAUCAAUCAUGGUGGAACUCAUGCUUCACAGAAAAACACAUUUUGCAAAACAAACAUUACCUUUUCCACUAUCUACAAGACAGGAACUUAAAACUUUCAUUAUAAGGUUCUCUUGUCUUUUCUUUUCGGUUAAUUGCAUAUCCAUACAGGGAUACAGUUAUGUAUCUUGUUGGUAACUCAGAAAGAUCAGCAGUUUUAAGAAGAGAUGAUGAAGAAAAAGCUAAAGGAGAUGAGAUUAAACUUGCGUGUGAGUCUCGCUAGGAAAACUGGGAGGACCACCUCUCCCUCGUUUGGCUGGUUGUCAUGAGCAAAAAAAGUGUCAAAAUCUCAAGUGUAGCAGUUACAAGUGGCAGGAACUGUUCUCCUGUUUUCAUAUAAAAGAGCUCAGCAGGCAUAAAAUGGUUGGUCUCUGAGUAGACUGACUGAAGAGUCGCAGCGGGUGUUGCAUGUGUUGAACAGCAUUUUAACAUGACUUCACCAGAGCUGGAACAGCGGGGAAUAAACUGCAGCCAGUCUGCCAGAAAAACAACAACACAAUGGGGAUCUUUCUGACCACGACAAGGAGUCUAAGUUUCACUGACAGUUUGGAGAAGGACACAGGAAAACAGAGGGUGGAGGAGGUGCAGUGAGAGGAAUGACAUCAGUGUUGAAGCGUUAUGAGUCAGUGUGUGCAUGCAGGUAGUGUUGUACCCAUGGGUGCAGCGAGUCAUCAUUGAUCAAAUGUCAGCCUGUCAUCUUCAUCUUCCACUCCCUGUUUGGCCUCUCUUGUCCUUACAUUAUUGUUGUGACUGAUCAGUUAUGACAUAAAGUGAAGGCAUUUUUUUCUUGUAGGUCCUGUAAGUAUACAUUUGAUGGUUUCUUCCAUUGAUUCAUUCAUCCAUUACUUAUUUAACAAAUGUGAUGCAUUUCUUUAAAAGAACACCUUGUUCCAGAGAGAGGAUACACACACACGAACAUAAAUGUAGGAUUGAAGCACAGAACACAACAGUAGAUUGAUGGCACUACUAAUUACGAAAUAAUUUAACUCAUAUGUCUUCUUCAGAGCACAGAGAUCUAGCUUAUGUUCCUUCUUUAGUCUACAUUUCAAUAUAUGUGAAAGCCUUUAGAGGCUGUGAGAAAUAAGCUUCUCUUCUUGUAAUAUCGAGAAUAGCACUUUAUUUUGUGUCAUCUGAAUAAUACUUUUAGUUGAGGUAUCUCCUUCAUAGUGAUAGCUGUUGUAUUUUAGCUGCAACAUCACUUCACUUCACUUCACCAUUGAGCUCUUUGGGCUGAUGGCUUGUCUUUGUGCGUCAGAUGUUUCUGAAAGUCAGAAAAUAUCAGAGAUGGAAGAAAACUGAGAAUUUCACAGCAGCAACCAUCCUGGAGAAAAACGGUAUCAGAGCAGAACUGGAUUUAUGAUUUUACCCAUGUAAACACUUUAUCUUGCAUUGCGCUUAGUUUUAUGUAGCAUCACAUGUUCACAACUUUGAGAUUUCAAAAGGUAAAGUGUAUGUUUGGAUGUAUCCUGAGUCCGGAGUCAUUGGUUAGCCACAUACCUCAAUAAAAGAACUUUACAAAACA